UGGGUAACAGUAAUGGACGCUCCGGACUGAGGCGGUGAGGGUGCCGGAGGGAAGAGACCGCCUCCGCGACCAAAUCACCGCAGUCUCCGUCAUGAAAGAGGUUCUUUAGUUCCUUCUUCGGAGAAAGGGUGUAAGCGAUGGCGGGACUCAUCAAGAAGCAGAUCCUGAAGCAUUUGUCCCGCUUAAAGGGCAAUUAAGAAUCAACCACAUUGCUGAGGAUCUGGGGUCACAUGUCAUAUAGACAAGGUUCACCAAGAAUCUGUCACCAGACAAAAUUAAUUUGAGUACUCUGAAAGGUGAAGGUCAGCUGACCAACUUGGAGCUUGAUGAAGAAGUAUUGCAAAACAUGCUGGACCUGCCCACCUGGUUGGCCAUCACCAGAGUGUUCUGCAACAAAGCUGCAAUUCGGAUACACUGGACUAAAUUAAAGACUCACCCUAUAUGCCUGUAUUUAGAUAAGGUAGAAAUGGAAAUGAGAACUUGUGAGGAGCCUCGGCCUCCUAAUGGACCUUCUCCUAUAGCAACAGCUUCAGGUCAAAGUGAGUAUGGCUUUGCUGAAAAAGUUGUAGAAGGCAUCUCUCUUUCUGUGAGUUCCAUCGUUAUCAAAAUCAAAGCAAAAGCUUUCAAUGCAUCUUUUGAAUUGUCUCAGCUACAAAUACACAGUGUAAAUACAAGCUGGCAGCAAAGUGACCUUCGCUUUACCCGAAUUCAAGAUCCUCAGCGUGGGGAGGUUCUGACAUUUAAGGAGAUAACUUGGCAGAUGAUCCGAAUAGAGGCAGAUGCUAUCCAGAGCAAUGAACAUGAUAUCCUGAGUGCGCCAGUGAGGCUCAUCACAAACCAAUCCAGGAUGAAAGUCAGCUUAAAGCGAAGGCUAAAGGAUUGUAAUGUGGUGGCAUCAAAGCUGGUGCUUAUUUUGGAUGACUUGUUGUGGGUUUUGACUGAUUCUCAGUUGAAGGCAAUGGCACAGUAUUCUAAAUCUUUGAGUGAAGCCAUAGAAAAGUCUGCACAGCAAAGGAAGAGUAUGGCUUCUGAACCAACGCAGAGUACAACUCUGGUUCCUGUUUCCCAACAAGUGAGAACGACACAGGCUACAGCAGCAGCUGAUCAGAAUGAUGCUCUUGCCAAACUCUUCAAUGCCUUUGAUGUCAAGGAAACGUCUCACCAUUUAAUCAUUUCUCAUUUGGAUCUGCACAUCUGUGAUGACAUUUAUGUGAAGGAGAAAGGAUUUCCAAAACAAAUCACAGGUGGAGCCAUGCAGUUGUCUUUUACGCAGAUUACAGUGGAUUAUUAUCCUUAUCACAGAGCAGGAGACAGCUGCCAGCAUUGGAUGUAUUAUAAUGAAUCAACAAAAACGCGAUCAACGUGGGCAAAGGAGUUACUGAACGAAUUCAAAUCCAAUGUUGAAAUGCUAAAACAAGCAGUGAAGGAUUACACGAAAACAAAACCUCCUUCACCCCCGCAGAUAUUAAUAGAGACCACUCUCAAACAUAAACCUGUAACAACAGGUAAAGAACAAAUGUCAAAAGGAGCCAGUCUUGCAACUACUCCACCUGCAACUAAUCAACAGCCAAAGACAAAAUUGUUGUCCAGUUGUUUUGUAUUCAGAGUGGAAGAUUUAAAUAUUUAUCAGGUUUCUACAGCUGAUCAGCGUCGAGAUUCCCCUAAAGCUAUGAUCUGCUGCAAUAAGAAGUCUUUAUAUCUUCCAUCAGAGAUGGCAGCUAUUCAUAUUGAAUUCACUGAAUAUUAUUUUCCAGAUGGGAAAGAUUUUCCUACAAUAUGGAAUGUGUUGUUCAGGUUGGACAAGAACCAAAAUCAGAGUUCUGUCCUAGAUCUCCUUUCCUGUACAGUUCCUUGUCCUAACCUUUAUGUACAGAUGAAUGCACUACAGUUCACUCUUGAUGCAAGGAGCAUGUUGUGGUUGAAUCAGUUUAUGCUAGAUCUGCGGCAGAGUCUGGAACAGUUUACAGCCAUCUAUAAACUUGAUAUUGCGAAAGAAGAUGAACAUAUUGAUAUACGAAUUGAUGGACUAAUGCUCAAAUUUAUUAUUCCAACUGAUAAGAGACCCGAUGACCAUCAAGACCGUCCGCAAUCAAUUUCUGUUCAGACAGCAGAGGUGUUAGCUACAAAUACAAGGCACUCAUCAAACUGUACACGAAGUGACUUGGAAGCCAUAAUACAGGAGUUCAAAGAUGAGAAGUUUUUUAGCAAAACGUUCACAAGCUUUCCCAAAACAGUAGAAAGUUUCAAUGUUUUACAUCCUGUAUUUCAAAGACAUGCCCAUGAGCAGGAUACUAAGUUGCAUGAUGUUUACAAGGGCUUAGCAAUUCCAAAGUUGACUACAAAUGCAUUGAAAACUUUUGCUGCAACAGAUCUGUGGGCCAUACACUUUUCUCAGUUUUGGAUCGAUUAUGAAGGAAUGCAAAGUGGCAAAGGAAGACCUGUAGGGUUUGUGGAUUCUUUCCCUCUUUCUGUUUGGGUUUGUCAACCCAACAGAUUUGCAAAAUCUCAAGAACCUUUUCUGUCACCCAGCCAACCUGCCGCUCAAAUACCCAAGAGUGAAUCCAGUGACUUGAGUAUUCGUUUACAACGCAAAAAGCUCUUAAGGGAUUACUAUAGUACAGAAUCUGAACCGUUCACUAAUGGACUGGGAAGAUCAAAUUCUUUAGAUGGUGUUGCUGGAUCCAUGAAGUUCUUGCAGCCUUCAGAUGCAGAUAUACAUGUUCUUGUACACACUCAAAAGCACGUGAGCAUGCAGGUUAAUCAUCAUCAAUAUUGCUUCAUGCUUCGCCUUCAAAAUUCAAUUAAACAGCUUCAAGAGCAAUUUCAGAAGAAUAUAGAGGAGGUGACUGGAAAGCCGAUGGAGCAAGCAAAAAUUUGUAUUGGGUUCUUGAUUAGAAGUGCUGAAAUAGCUUUAAUGCUUCAUCCACUGCCUCAACCUGAGACUAAUAAGGCUCCAGCGGAAAACAGAAGUCCUACAGAAUCUGACCUUUCACCAUCUGAAAGCAGAGAAACUCUGGCAGCAGAGAAUGAAAUACCUAGUGAUGAUUCAGGGGCCGUCCAUCUCAGUCAAAAAAUACUUAAUGAAUCACAAAGUACUGAAACUGAAAGUAUAGAUAAAAGUGUUGUUGGGCCUAUGGACCCUCUGCUUUCGAAGUCGUACAGUGACUCAGCUUUGAUCAAAGGUAUACCAUUGCAGACCUCUUUUGAUCGUACUGGCCAUCAAUUCCCAGUAUUAUCAGAUGUCACUGCAGCUCAUUCAGAAGAUAAAAAUAAGCUCAGCGAAGUCACAAAGAUUUCAAAUGUUGAAGCUCUCAAUGUUUCUCAAAGCAUGGAGCCACUCGGUGUUUACAUAGUAAAUAAAGAUGAAUGCAAUGUUCUUCCUUUGUCUAAGGAAAAUUGUCAAGAAGAAGUGUCAAGUACUUUGCAAAACAAAAGAAAUGAAGCCAUAGAUUCAUUAAAUGAUGUAAAAAAUGACCAAGAGAACCCCAUGCAAAACUUUGAUUACAGUAAAGAAACACCAUCUACAGCAAAGCUGGUGUUACCUCAGUCAGUAUCAAGUGGAAAACUGAAGGAUCGUGCACAACCCUCUUUUACUAACUAUCCUAUAGUCCAUAAAAAUGUGAGGAGAAGCCCAUCUCAGAUUUCAUUGGACACUCUAUCAAUUGACAGCAGUCUACUGGAGGAACAGUUCUUAGAAAGUGAUGCAAAUGAAAGCUUCCUUUUGUUGGAAAGGGCUGCUUGCAUUGAUGAUGCCUCAGUCAUUAGUCUUAAAGAAGCUUCUAUUGAUCAGAGUCCAGCAGAGAGUGCUAAUGGUGCAUUUGGGUCUGAGGAUUGUGGAAGAAUGUCACCAGAUGUCUGCAGCGCUGCAUCUCAAAGUGUGGAAGAGUCUCCUGGAGAUUUGGUGUCAGUGAUGAUCUUCAAUUUGUUUGGUAUUAAUUGUGCGAUUGACGUGAAGGGUGAGGAUACAGCAGUGUGUCUCCAAGUAAACCAAGUCCUACCAAAGCAACUCGGAAAUGUUAAUAUUCGGCAGUACCUUAGCAACCGUAGCAUGGAUCGACACCAAUCCUCUGUGACACAGGAGCACAGGAAAGAAUUGCCUGAAGUGAGUCUACGGCUGGAGGGUGGUCCAAGUGCUGCUGUCCAUUCGUCACUUGCAGUCAAGAAUGGUUUUUUGCAAUGCUUGGUAAAGAACUUCAAUUCAGAGUUCCUGAUGUCUUCCCUCACAAAUCUAGCAACAUUUCUGGAAGAUGAAGCACCUGCUGACACAAUCCCUAUGAAGAUUGAAAUAACUGAUACGCAAAUUAACCUGACGGAUGAUAGUCCACGCCAUGAUCUGUCAGCCCAUGAACCACUGCCCAUAAAAUUGUUUAUUGAUAACUUGAUCGUCCGCAGAAGUGAUGAUGGAACAUUUUGCAUUGGAGGUGUCCAGUUAUCUAGUCAGAACUCAGCAAACAGUAAAUACACAAAACAAACAGUAUUAUCCUGCUUAAAAUGUAAUGAAUCAAAGGAGGUCAGAUAUGUGUCACAAUUCACUCAAACAGAUGUUGUGAAGUCAAACUUACCUGGACAGCCAGAUCAUGGAAUCAAGUCAACUGCUGGAAGUUCAACUGAUAGGGAACAGUUACUUUUGGAAGAAAAUGAAUGUCUGAAACAGGAGUUGGCCAAAGCUAAGAUUGCUCUGGCUGAAGCUCAAAUGGAAAAAGACAGAUUAAUACAUCAAAUCAAAAGGGUUAACAUUGAACUCCAAUCAUAGUCAAAUACUUGGAAGCAGGAGGAGUUUCUUCAAUUUGGAACAUAGGUAUCACCAGCUGCUAUUGGUUUUAAAAAUAUUAAUAAUGUUCAUAACAAUAUGCUGAGCAUUGAACAAACAAUCUGUAAAAAUAAUUGCUUUAUCUGUUGCAGACAGAUAUUUUGUUGAAUGUGAAGAAUAAACAUCAGAUCUAUUUUGAUCUCUUUUGAGCAGUAAAUAAAAUAUGAUUGUUAAGCUCAUUAAGUUUUGCUCCAUAAACUGGUGCUGAUUUUCACUUGAAUCUAGAAUGAAUUCUGUCAAAAAGGGAAUUGAAAUAUGGUUGAAAUAAAAUUGUGGGAAAGAAAUUUCUUUAGUACACUUGAGCUGUGUUUUGGUAUACCAUCAAUAAUUUUUUAAAAAUCUAUUCCAGAGCAAGUCUCUUUUUUUUUAAGAAGUCUGAAUUUGCACUGUAAUUAACUUUGAUCAUGUAUCUAACAGUUUUUCUGUGUAAAAUCUGUGAUAUAGAAUAUGUACAGUGUAACAUUUUAAGUAUGUAUGUGCUUUUAAUUAUGGCAGACACUAUUGUUGCUUGACUUCAGGUUGAGUGCAAGAUUCAUCUGUAAAUUUGAAUUUCGUUAAGGAUGGACUGAAGAUAAUACAAUGCAUAUCUUAAACAAUCAACCUUUGCACAACAUGGCAACAUUCUUCCAUGAAUAAUUGUAUUAAAGAUUGUAUUCAAAAUAAACAUCAAAGCACAGAAAUGUUCCAGCAGGUACUCCAUGCCAUUUAAGUGAAAGUGAUAGCUUGUCUUUUUUAAUUUAAUUUUUCUUCUCAUUGCCAUGAGUUCAUCCAUACUAUAUGCCAUUUUCUUUCAC